GGCUGGGAGAGGAACUGUGCUCAGUAGUUGGAAAAGCUUCCUUAGUUACGCCUGUCUACCAGAAGGAUAGCAGAUUUGAUGCACAAAACUGGUAUCUGGCGUCUUUCACAUCUAUCUUUUGCAGAAUUUUAAAACAGAAUGACCUCCUUCAUGCCACCCAGCAUUAAUUCCAAAAACAUUGUUUUCUCAAAGCUCAACUAAUACUUUUCUCACAUGACAUCGUAAAAAGCAAUCAGGUAGAUGCAGUAAUUGUUGACUUCCUAAAGGAAUUUGAGUCAUUAUCGCACAAAUGAUUAUUAACACAAUUAAAAUCAGAUCUGUGUACUGGACUGGGAUUUGAACCUUGGACCUUAGCCUUUAAUGGGUUAGUGCUGUACCGACUGAGCUACUGUGAGGUGGGUGUGGAUAACUCACUUUGGUGGAGCACAUGCCCCUGAAAGGCAGAGGUCCCACAUUCGAGUCCCAGUCCAGUACACAGUUUUAAUCUGGCGGAGAGUUUCGUAUCAUGGCACACUCUAAUGCAGAGUGAAAAUUCAUUGUGAAAAGUAAAUUAGUGUGAAGUAUCAAACAAAUUGUGUGACCAGACUGAAAAUUUCUUGGUUGGAAGAUGCAGUACAUUAUCUUAGAUGGAGAAUCAUUGACCAGAAGUAGACAUAACUUCUGGCAUGCCCCAGGGAAAUCUCCUCGCUUUUCAUGUUUUGUAUUAAUGACAUGGCAGACAAUAUUAAUACACUACUGGCCAUUAAAAUUGCUACACCACGAAGAUGACGUGCUACAGAUGCGAAAUUUAACCGACAGGAAGAAGAUGCUGUGAUAUGCAAAUGAUUAGCUUUUCAGAGCAUUCAUGCAAGGUUGGUGCCGGUGGCGACAUGUACAACAUGCUGACAUGAGGAAAGUUUCCAACCGAUUUCUCAUACACAAACAGCAGUUGACUGGCGUUGCCUGGUGAAACGUUGUUGUGAUGCCUCGUGUAAGGAGGUGAAAUUCUUACCAUCACGUUUCCGACUUUGAUAAAGGUCAGAUUGUAGCCUAUCGCGAUUGCGGUUUAUCGUAUCGCGACAUUGCUGCUCGUGUUGGUCGAGAUCCAUUGACUUUUAGCAGAAUAUGGAAUUGAUGGGUUCUGGAGGGUAAUAUGGAAUGCCAUGCUAGAUCCCAAUGGCCUCGUAUAACUAGCAGUCGAGAUGACAGGCAUCUUAUCUGCAUGGCUGUAACGGAUCGUGCAGCCACGUCUUGAUCCCUGAGUCAACAGAUGGGGACGUUUGCAAGACAACAAUCAUCUGCACGAACAGUUCGACGAUGUUUGCAGCAGCAUGGACUAUCAGCUCGGAGACCAUGGCUGCAGUUACCCUUGACACUGCAUCACAGACAGGAGCGCCUGCGAUGGUGUACUCAAUGACGAACCAGGGUGCAAGAAUGGCAAAACGUCAUUUUUUCGGCUGAAUCCAGGUUCUGUUUACAACAUCAUGAUGGUCGCAUCCGUGGUUGGCGACAUCGCGGUGAACGCACAUUGGAAGCGUGUAUUCGUCAUCACCAUACUGGCAUAUCACCCGGCGUGGUGGUAUUGGGUGCCAUUGGUUACACGUCGUGAUCACCUCUUGUAUGCAUUCACAGCACUUUGAACAGUGGACGCUACAUUUCAGAUGUGCUACGACCCGUGGCUCUACCCUUCAUUCGAUCCCUGCGAAACCCUACAUUUCAGCAGGAUAAUGCAUGACAUCAUGUUUCAGGAUACAGAAAAUGUUUGACUGCUGCCCUGGCCAGUACAUUCCUCAAAUCUCUCACCAAUUGAAAUGUCUGGUCAAUGGUGGGUGAGCAACUGGCUCGUCACAAUAUGCCAGUCACUACUCUUGAUGAAAUGUGGUAUCGUGUUGAAGCUGCAUGGCCAUCCAAGCUCUGUUUGACUCAAUGCCCAGGUGUAUCAAGGCCGUUAUUACGGCCAGAGGUGGUUGUUCUGGGUACUGAUUUCUCAGGGUCUAUGCACCCAAAUUGCGUGAAAAUGUAAUCACAUGUCAGUUCUAGUAUAAUAUAUUUGUCCAAUGAAUACCUGCAUAUCAUCUGCAUUUCUUCUUGUUGUAGCGAUUUUAAUGACCAGUAGUGUAGUAGUCUCGGGCUUUUUGCAGGGGAUGUAAUUAUCUGUAGUGCAGUACUAACUGAAAAAGCUGCACCAGCAUUCAGAAAAAUCUUGAUAAGAUAGUAGUGCAAACAUUGGCAGCUUGCUUUAAAUGUUCAGAAAUGUAAAACUGUGUGCUUCACAAAACAAAAAAGAAAUUUUCUAUCACUCAAUAUCAGUGAGUCACAAUUGAAGUCAGUCAACUCAUACAAAUACCUGUUGGAUGGUCUUUACUGAUGUUUCAGGUCAAGUCUGAAACCUGAACACUAUGAAGAAUACAGAAUGCUGCAAAAUGCCAUAAAAUGCGAGUAUCAUGUAUGCUACUUCCUUUGUGUUCAACAAUAUUAGCUGUGUGAUUCUGUGGAAGAACCUCUGUAGAUGUGACAUGUGGUAGAUUGAAUUGGGCUUGAAGGUUUCUCAUUUAGUAGAAGUGGUUAAGACGACCAUUCCUGAUAAUUGGGAAAUCCAGGUUCGAGUCCCAGUCCAGCACAUAUUUUCAUGCGUCAUAAACAGCUGUUGUCAAUGUAUGCUCACAAUAUGCAAAUCUGUUUCGUAUUGUUUACCACAGCUGUAAUUGUCAAUGACAAUGUCUGCUCUUUCAGCGAAACAUGCAUGUUUUAAUGACAUUGUAUUGUGAAGAUACAGACACUGUACAGAGACACUGUAACCAUCAGUAUCUUUCAGAAAGCAAAUCACAAAGUUUCAAGAUCCAGCAUUAAUGGAGGAAUCUUGGUAUAUAAUAAAACUUCUGCAGGGAGCACAAAGCCAAGAUUUUUUACAAUGAUUACAGCAUGCACAAACACAUAUAUGCAGUUUUUCUUCCACACUCCAUAAAUUAAAAAAAACUGUAAGGAACCCUAACAGUGACACAACAGGAAGUACUAUCUACCAUACGCUUCACAAGUGUUUUUGUUAUGUUCCUUUUUUCCAGUGUACUCUAGAUUUGUACAGCCAUUUCUGAUUUGGCAAAUGAUAGUGUUGCUGUAUUUUGUGCAAUGGAAUUUAUUUUGUUCUCCUCCAGCAGGUAUUGUCCAUCAUUGUGUUUAUUGCUUGGUGUUAUGUGAUAGCUACUGGUUAUUAUAUGUCAAACCGAAAUUUAAGAAAAAGUCAGCUGAUGUGUUAAAUUUCUUAUAAUAUUCAAAGUCAUGGCAUUUUCUGCUGAUGCUGCUGCUUUCCAGGUGCAGGAACGACUGAAAGCCUUAUAUCAUCUUGUGCAUGAGAUUGAAGAAGAAAGAGUAAGGAGUGAACAUAACCUUAACAACAUAUCUAAAGCACAUGACAAAAUAAAUCAAGAAGAAAAAGUUUCUCCAUAUUACCAGCAAAAAUUGAAAGGCUUAUACAAAGCGGCAGUAUCUGAUGCAGCUCAAGAAGAGGAACUUAUAAGAAAUGCCCUUAAUAAAGUGAAUGAAAUUCGGGCAAUUAGAAAUGAAAGGAGAAUUCAAGCAAGAAAUGCUGGUAACAAGGAGACAAUUCGUAGAGGGGCUCUCAUGAAAAUGUUGCAGAGUUCUGCUCAGACCUUACCACUUUGGGUGGGAAAAUUAGGGGAAAAGCCACCACCACUGUGUGGAGCAGUUCCAGCAGAACCUACAUAUAUUGCAAAGAUGGGAGAUAUGGUGGCAGCUUUAGUUAAAGGUGCUGAGGAAGGGGACAAUUGGAUUCUGGCUGAGGUUGUGCAGUUCAACCAGGCAACAAAUAAAUAUGAGGUGGAUGACAUAGAUGAAGAACAGAAGGACAGGCAUAUUCUUAGUAGGAGGCGUGUUGUUCCUCUUCCUUUGAUGAGAGCUAAUCCAGAGACAGACCCCCAUGCUCUGUUUCCUAAGGGAGCCACAGAAAUAAACUGUUGUCAUUUGGACUGCAUUCUGCAAUUGAGGCACCACAAAUCAGAUUAAUGGCAUUAUAUCCCCAGACAACUUGCUUCUACAAAGCAGUUGUGAAUCAGCUGCCAACUACUUCCACUGAAGAAUAUGAAGUUCUGUUUGAGGACUCAUCUUAUGCAGAAGGCUAUUCACCACCUCUCACUGUGGCACAACGUUAUGUUAUAUCCAUAAAGGACAAGAAAAAUAAAAUUCAAACUUGACACA